AGCCAUGCAGGUGAAAACUUGGAAACUCUUCACUGCCUUUCUGUGUUGUAUUGGAUUCUUCCUGGCUCUUUCAAGGGCUCAGGAGAAACACUCAAAGCGCCCUUGAGAGAAGCGGUGAAAUUUGGAGACUUUUGUGAUGAAUUGCACAGCCAGCAACAGCAGCUGUGACAUUCAGGAGAGGUCUUCUCGCAACUAUGAUUAUAGAGAACCCGGGCCCACCUGGAAAGCUUUCACUUUCAUUGCUACUGAAUGGUCACUCAAUGCAUCUUGUGUUGUGACCUGUAAUAAUGAACCCAGCUCUUUGGAAAGGAUUGUCACAGUUUACCAACCUCCACAGAAGCUUGAGCUGGAUCCAGUACCAGAAAUGGAAGUGGGCAAGUUGUAUAACUUGACAUGCCGGGUUUUUGGUGUAGCCCCCAUCCGGAACCUCACCGUGACUUUGCUGAAAGAGGAAGAGCAACUUCUGGUAAAGACCUUUGAGGAUUACACUCACCCUGAAGCUGGUGUUGUUGUGGUGAACCAUAGCAUAAUAGCUCAGGAAGAUGACUACAGCAAGACAAUCACCUGCCAAACAUCCCUGGAUCUGAGACCAAUAGGACCACUCCUGAAAACACCUCCCAGGGCAAAUCAUUAUGGACUUUUGAUACAGUACCUCUUGAGCAAAUGACCCUGGAACUCCAGAAGGCGUCGCCAGGCCAGAGAUGGGCUUAUAACCUGCUAUGCCACAUAAUAAGAGUAAAUCCCUGCCAUAGUCUUGUGGUGGCCUUUUUUAAAGGGUCAGAGAGGUUGGGUACACCAAAUGUUACAAACUGUACUUGGGUUGAAGUAGAAAACUACACGGUCACUCUCCCUGUCACCCUCCAUCCAGAGGACCAUGGUCGGGAAGCUUAUUGUCACGCAAGCGUGCACUUAGGCCUACAGGAAACAGUUUACGUCGUAUCUCCGGGGGUUUCACUCACAACUGCUGAAUCCUAUUUGGCUAUCAUUGUAGCUGUUACUGUUGUUGCUGCUUUGAUAGCCUGUGUGCUGGUGGUCUUUCUCAUCUUCAUCGUUAAACUUUGGA